ACCCCAAGGGUCCUUCAUUGCACAGUUCAAUAUGUUUGCAACUCUGAAAAUAAAGAUCUGUCCAACUAAAAUAUUUCAAAGAGGCAUUGGUGUGUGAUGUGAUGAUCGAUGAUAAUUGAGAUUAUUAUCACUGCAGCAACUUUCCUGUUCUAACUUUUGGAACAUGUUUCACUCCGACUGGCUAUUUUACAUAUGUAUUCAAAAUGAGCUCAGAGGUGUGCCCAUUCUGUGGGAAAACUUACAAAAGGCUAAAGAGUCACCUGCCACAUUGCAAGGCAGCAGGAAGCUCCAAACCACCUCCAACCCAACAUCAUGUGACGGCACAACAGACACCAUCCUCUCAGGUGGCAGCAGCAAAGGAAAAGGAGUUAAUGCAAACACCAUCAGUGACAACAGAUCUACAUACAAAGAAGAGUAAAAAGGUGUCUGUGGUAUCUGAACCACUGCAGUCUCCAACAUCAGCAACACCUACUGAGAAUGAAAAUACAUCUUCAUCAAAGCUAUUGUCCCUGAAUUCUGAAUCGCCUCCACCAUCAGCUAAGAAGAAAAAACACAAGCUCUCUGAUCAAAUUAAAAUGGCCGGCUCUUCCUCUCCCACCCUCUCUAAGCCAAACAAGAAGAGUCUCCUUGCAGUGAUAGAAGCUGCAAAGUCCAAACGUGUUUUUAAGGAAUUCCUGGAAGAAACCGGAUCUGUAUCAGAAGACCUGCUGUCAGGUUUAACCGAUCAUCUCAACUCCAGAACCACAGCACAACCAGAGACCAGAAUGAAUCCAGACAGCACCAGUCCUGCCCAUAUGUCUACAAACAUUAAACCCAAAGAUGUCCAUAAAAAGAAGGCAUCAAAGACAAAGAAGAAAAAUACAUCGGACCCUUCGGAUGCUAAAAUAAGGGAAAAUAGCAGCAAGAGACCCAGUGCAAGAGACAGCUUCUGCAUAGACAACAAUGGGGAGGUUGAGGACUUACCUCUGAGUAAGAUGUUCUUGAAUUCAGAAAGUGGUCACCAGGCCAGGAUCACUCUGCAGGAUGUUAAAGCCAUGUUACGUCGAGCUAAAACCACCGGUCAGUCCAGCAGGGCAAGCAUGCUCAGUCAGACUGAAACUGUUGAUGACCUCCACAGCAAAAGCAGACCUGGUACUAGUCUCAGUCCAGUAGCAGUCUCAGCAGAAAACCAAAAAGACAGCAGCUUGGUAACAACUAAAACGAUGUCAGAGCAGCUGCCCAGCACUAGUUCACAACACACACAGCUGCACUCAGUUAAGAAAAAAAGUUCACAGUCUUUAAUCCCUGUGCAAAGUGAUUGUUCCCCUCAGCCCAAACUGGCCCACCCUGUUUCUCCCCUCCUCUCUGCCCUUGUAUCAUCUCAGGUGAGCCAACCUAUACCUGUUUCACAUCCAGUCAACAUAAACGAGGGGCUGAAGGUGGGCCAUCACAGGGCAGGACCCCUCUCAAUAUCACCAUCACCCACACAGUUUUCCAGUCCUCACCCUUUCCUGCUUGCCCCACCCGUGAGGAUGGAGGCAUUGCGACCUGAUGAAGGUCUGACGCCAGAGAAGUCGCAGCUCGACGUCAGGAAACAAAGCGCUGCUCACAGUCAAACUGAAGGUGGACUGGCACUGCGGCAUCUUGGACAGGUGAGGCUGAGGGAGUUGCCUGAGUGGCUGGCCUGCAAAACCCCCAGAUGUCCAAGAGAUGCCUUGGAAAUGGUCCACAGAGGCUGGCAGUGGUAUUACAGGAGGUAUAUUGAUGUUAAGAAAGGAGGUGUAAGUGGAGUGGGCAUGUUGUUAGCAGGAUACUGUGUGCUCAGCUACAUCUGGAGCUACCCUCACAUAAAACGUGAUCGCUGGAGGAAGUACCACUGAGGUCAGGGGAGGGUGUUCCACAAGUGGGACUCUGAAGUAAGCGGCACAUUUGGCAGAAAGAUCAUUGUUGUUCAGGUUAAACACACAACAUGUUAAUUAGUGAGCAUUAGUAGGCAGAUUUUGUUAGCAUUUGACAGAGCCAGGCUCACUUUUACCUGUUUUCAGUCUUUAUCCUAGCUAAGCUAAGCAGCUACUGGUUGGUGCCUUGUAUUUCUCAGACAUGAGAGCAUGAAGUCAGUUUUCUUAUGUAACUCUUCUUCAGAAUGUGAAUUUGCCUAAGAUGUUGAACUGUUCCUUCCUCCAGUACUAGUAGUUUCACUCUCAUCUGACUUCAGAAAGCCAGCUGGUGUUUCACUGCAAUUUAGAUGCGUUUGAGACAAAUUUCUGAUGUAUUUAUCUGUAUUUAUCUUAUUUAGUUUUAUAUUGGGGAGGGAAUACAUAGAGAACUACUAAAAUGACUUGUUUAGGUUUUCUGUGACCAAAACCAGUUCUGGUUCCAUCUUGAGAUGGAAUCACUUCAGUUUAUGGUGAGAGGAAUUAUGUGGACAUCUGUAGCCAUGUAUUGCAGCCCCGCUGUGUGCCCCAGGGACUCCACUAGGUGUCACUGUUGGGUUGUGUUACCAAAGCCAAAAGGGCUUGGCAGUCAAAUAUUUGCUAUGCAGAGUUUUCUUAGCGCCUUUGUGCAGAGGCACUGGUGCUGGGGUCCAUGAGAGGAUUAGAGGGAACCAAUAGAUUUUUAAGAUGAUAAAAUCUCACUGUGGCAGCUGAGCUGUGGAAAAACAUGAAAUUUGAAAUGUCCUGACUCAGUAUCUUAGAAAAGAUCUUAUGUGUAUAGCAGAGGGUCACAAAUCUGUUGUUCUCUUGCAAAAUGUUUCUCCCAUCACAUGAUGUUAUCAUGCUUGCUUAGUCCGUCAGUGCCAGAAUGUGAACGCUCGCAGAAUAGUAAUGGAGGAGGGAUGAAGGAGGUUCUCAGCCAGACUGGACCAGUUUGUUACUGUGUUCAAAAUGAAUUUAUUGUUGCCUCUCUUAGCUGCUGUAGUGAACACACAUUAGCUACAAAUCAAGAAAUGACCAUUUUUGUAAUGUUUUUUCUUGGCGCUGUUUUUUAGCCAACACAAUAAAAAAUAAGUUUGUCCUUCUUUAACAUUCUUUUUUCUCUAUACAAAAUUAUAAAUAUUUUGUUUCACUUUUCAUUUUUAUACAAAAUAAACUAUACAAAUCAAGUGAGACAAAACAGUGAAAAUAAAGACAGAAAAACAAACUAGGAGGGGAGGGAGGGGGCACAGUCUGUUCGUACCAGGCCCUCAGACACUGAUGUGCAUCCACAUAACACAGCCGUACAUGCACAACAAACUUUCUUGUGGAUGUAAGUGCUACAGAGGUACAAAAUCUUGCAAGCAACCACGUUAACUUACCAAUGUCACCUUACGUUUGCAUGCCAUUAGAGAUUUCCCUUCCAAGCACAGGGCCCAGUUUUCUCAGUGUAUGCUAGUAGAUGUGGGCUGCAGUGGCUACUGGCAUUCAUACACUCAAAAAACAGAUGUGUUCCCUAACACCCCAUAUCAAAGGCCUUCAGUUUGCUCCUAUAGCCUGUUGGCAAGUAUAUUUCACAGACACAUUUAUAAGAGAACGGUGGCACUAUCCAGAAACAACCCAGAGAGAAAUUAACCUAAGCUUUGGUCCUGUUUUGAGUUUGGCAGAAAUCACCCUUUCUUGCUUACACUAUAGUGCAGAUUUCUAUAAACGUUUUCACAUAAUUGUUAUACCAAACACAUAAAUGCAUGGCCAGUAUUUAGGAUUAAUUCUUUAUCAAAAUGUAAUAUGACAGUAAGUUAGGUUUUGGCUCCAAAAGUUAAAUGAAAACUCAAAAGUACUCAGACAAAACCAAAGUUAUUUUAGCUGCACAGUUUCAGGAUUUUGUAAACAGCUCAACUAACUAAGCUCUGAGGGUGAUUCUGGACAAUACUGUACCCUCUCCUAUUAAUUUUGGUUGUGCUGCUAAGAGGGAAAUGAGUGGAACUGAAUAGGGGGGGGAAACAACCCCUGGGGUAUGAGCGAACAAAGUCAAGAGUAUGGCAAUUGAACAACCAAACUACAUGAAAACGCAGUUGCAGACCAGUGUGUGUGUGUAUGCAGAUUAACAAGCACAUGAUUUUAAAGUAAUCAAGCAAGAUAUGACCAAUAUAUAAUUAAAGGCAGACAAACCUACGCACAGUCAGUGACCCUACAAGGUCAUUUACGGUAUCAUCAUCCUUACAAAACUUGGGAACACAUCACAAUGAACAAAACGGUUGUCUUUUUAAUGUCAUUUGAAAACAUUUGAAAUUAAAAAUCUAAAUAAAAAGAUAAACAUAUUGCAACAUGACUUCCUCAAUCUGAGGACUUUGCUCCACUGACACAAACACACUGAAAUGAUAGAAGUGGUCGAGAUCGAGAUUUGUCCGGUGUCUGUGUCAGGGCUUGCAUACCUUUAAGGUACAAAAGAAAAAUGCCAAGGAAAAUGUGACUUAAGCACCAAAACAAAAGCACUGUCAGGUACCGUGUAUGUCUGUGUGACAACUAUGACUGAUUUCUAGUGUGACGAAGAGGUUACCCUUGUUAAAGGCAGCAGAAAGAAGUAAAAUAUAUUUUGGUUCUGUUCCAAAUGUUCUCAUUGUGUUUAGCCUAGCGUACUGUACACUGCAGCUUCAUAAUCAUAUAGUUCCUGAAGUAAGUAAUAGCAGGUUUAGUGCAAUUUUUCUAUGUAAAUGUGUCUCCACUGAGCUUACCCUAAGAAAAACCUCUGGCUCUGAAUCAUAACCUACUUACCACGUUGUACUAAAGCAUAUGUGUGUGUGAACUGUUUCAUGUUUGUAAUGCAGCAAGGAAACAAGUGAAUGGAUAUUUUUGAAUAGAGCUUCUUCAUGUAAACAUUUUAAAAUAAAGACCUAAAAUUAGGCACAGAGUCGCCAUUUUGGCCCUGUUUUUCAGCAUAGGUGGCAGGAGUAAUUAGCUGGCACGAAAUAUUCAUGGUGUGUGUAAAUGUGUGUGAAGAGAGGGACAUUUGUAUUGAAGCUACUGAGUCCCUACCCUUUUAAAACAAUGUUUUAAAAAAACAAACAAAAAAAAGAGAUCAUGUUCCAUCUGUUAGUCCACUGCAUUGCACACAUUCCCGGAUCUUUAUAGGUAAUUAUAAGUGCCAGUAUUCACCUUGAUGGAGUCACUAACUCCUGCCUCAUCCUGGACCCCCCCCC